AUGGAGCUGGCGAUGGAGAACCUGGGCAGCCUGCACGGCGUCCCGCACUCGCAGCCCGCCGAGCUGCUGAGCCCCGCGCACGGGCGGCAGAGCUCGCACCGCAACCUGGUGCCGCACGGCCGGCCCGCCAUGGUCUCGGGCAUGGCCUCUAUCCUGGAGGGGGGCGACUACCGUGGCGAACACAGCCUGGGAGCCCCGCUGCACCCCGCCAUGAGCAUGUCCUGCGAGUCGCCCUCCGGCAUGAGCCUGAGCAGCACCUACACCACGCUGACUCCCCUGCAGCACCUGCCGCCCAUCUCCACCGUCUCGGAGAAGUUCCACCACCCGCACCAUCACCACCACCACCACCACCCACACCAGCGCCUGGCCGGCAACGUCAGCGGCAGCUUCACCCUCAUGCGCGACGAGCGGAGCUUGGCGUCCAUGGGCAACCUCUACAGCCACUACCCCAAGGACAUGCCGGCCAUGGGGCAGCCCCUAUCGCCGCUGCCCAACGGGCUGGGCAGCCUCCACAACGCCCAGCAGCCGCUGGCCCCCUACGGCCCCGCCGGCCACUUGCCCAACGAGAAGAUGCUCUCGCCCAACGGCUUCGACUCGCACGCCGCGAUGCUGUCCCGGGGCGAGGAGCACCUGGCGCGGGGGUUGGCGGCGCCCAGCUCGGCCAUGAUGCCGCCGCUCAACGGGAUGCACCCGCACGGUCACCCGCACGGCCAGCCCGGCGCCUCGCUGCUGGGCGAACGGGAGCGCCCGGCGCCCGGCCCCGGCUCCCAGCCCGGCGGCUCCGGGCAGGUGGAGGAGAUCAACACCAAGGAGGUGGCUCAGCGGAUCACGGCCGAGCUGAAGCGGUACAGCAUCCCGCAGGCCAUCUUCGCGCAGAGGAUCUUGUGCCGCUCCCAGGGGACCCUCUCGGACCUGCUGCGGAACCCCAAGCCCUGGAGUAAGCUCAAGUCCGGCCGGGAGACUUUCCGCAGGAUGUGGAAAUGGUUGCAGGAGCCGGAAUUUCAGAGGAUGUCGGCGCUCAGACUGGCAGCUUGCAAACGCAAGGAGCAGGAGCAGCAGAAGGACCGGAGCCUGCAGCCCAAGAAGCAGCGCCUGGUCUUCACGGACCUGCAGCGCCGCACCCUGAUCGCCAUCUUCAAGGAGAACAAGCGCCCGUCCAAGGAGAUGCAGAUGACCAUCUCCCAGCAGCUGGGCCUGGAGCUCAACACCGUCAGCAACUUCUUCAUGAACGCCCGCCGGCGGUGCAUGAACCGCUGGCAGGAGGAGCCAGGCGCCAACCCCGGGGUCCCCUCGUCAUCUACAAGCACUUUCUCCAAAGCAUGA